GAGAGAUUUUUCUCUCUAAAUCUACAGUAGUUGUCUUUAAAAUACUCUUGCGUAACCAAACUGUGGAAGCUAAUUCGAUUCAUCAAGAUAAAGUGCAGAAAAGUUUAUUGAAAUUUUCAUUACGUUACAUUUGUGCAAUUUAACAUAAUGGAGCCUUUUGAAGAAAUAAAAAUCUUUGACGAUGCAAUGGAUGAUAUGGAUAUCAUAAAAACUAUAAUUAAAACAGAAGACCGAGAAAAAGCUUUCUACAUCGGCAAUAUCGGCAAUGUUAUUAGAAAGCAUGAGGAAUGGAUUACCAAAAUGCCCAGGGUUAUUCCACACUUUGCGGUUAAAUGUAAUCCGGAUCCAACAGUAAUUAAAGUUCUGGCAGCUUUAAACGCGUGUUUUGAUUGUGCAUCCGAGCAAGAAAUAAAGCAAGUGAUGCAGCACGGAGUGCAUGGCGACCGAAUUAUUUUUGCGCAUCCGACGAAGUAUCCGUCUCACAUACAGUACGCCAAAAAAAUGGACGUAAAGCAGAUGACGGUCGACGGUGAGAGCGAAUUGUUGAAAAUUAAGGAGAUUUUCCCCGAGGCUAAAAUCGUGAUACGUAUACGCUGUGACGCGAAAAACACGCCGAUAAUAUUGGGAUUGAAAUUUGGCUGCGAGCCGGACGAGGAAACUGUACGCUUGAUACAGCUUACGAAAGAUCUCGGUUUGAAUUUACACGGCUUCAGCUUUCACGUCGGUAGUCCUUGCGGAGAGCUAGAGGCUUACGCCAGAGGGAUUGCAUUGUGCAAACAAUUAAUUACCAUCUCUAAGGCAAUCGGGUGCGAUAACGUGCAGUUAAUCGACAUCGGCGGUGGAUUUCCCGGCGAGAGUGGAACAGAUACUGAUAAGUUUGCCAAUGUUAUCAACGAGGCGAUAGAAGAUCUGGAUUCUAGCAUAAAAGUUAUCAGCGAGCCGGGAAGCUAUUACGUAAUUUCCAACUUCACCUUGGCUUCGUAUCUACAUUCCAAGAGAAUCACUUCUAAAGACGGCGAAUUGAUGAGAAUGUAUUAUAUGAAUUGCGGCGUAUUCAACGCCUUUAUAGAGGAACUGCUGGGUCUACAAUCGAGAGUCCCGCAAUUACUUUCCAACCCAACGAACGAUACGAAAUACCUCUCGAGUUUAUGGGGGCCGACUGCCGAUUCGUAUGAUUUAAUCGUGAAAGAUGUGAUGCUGCCUGAACUUGAAAUCGGCAGUUGGUUGAUUUGGAAAGAUAUGGGCGCUUAUUCUAUAGCUCUUGCCACUACGUUCAAUGGAUUUCCGGUGCCACAUGUGAUUCCAAUCAUUAGACAGAGUCAAUGGUCAGUGCUUAUAAAAAAAAGAAGAAGUUUAAAGCGCAGAUUAAUUUAAUGUAAAAGCCUAUUAUAUUCUGUGGAAACUCAUCAAACGACACAAUUCAAUAACAGUUAUAAAAUGAGAAGAAAUUCUUAAUAAAAUUCGAAACUCUCAAUUAUUACUUUCAAUUAAUUCACGCUGUGACUUUAUAUCACGGCGGGUCGAGUAGAGAAGACGCCAGCAGCCUUGCGAUUCGUCUAAAGAAGAUCCUGGAGUCGUCUGUUGCACCAACUUUUAUUUUUAAUAAAAUUCUUUUAUUGGCUAGAAUAAAAAAUCUAUAGAAUGAAAAAUCCUUUUUUAAGAAAUACGCAUUCUUUUCACUAGUAAUCCACUACAUAUGUGAUUUGUUUUAUCGGAUAAUUUGUUAAGUUCGCAUUUUUUUCCUCGAUUGAAAUUCUAUUGUACGAUUGUUUGAUGUACA